AUGCGAUUAAACCUUUGGACUAUUUACUGGAUACAGUCAUUAGCACUAGAUAUUCAAGAGAAUACCGAAUGUAUACUUUCAGAUACACUUUUCAAUGAUGUAUUAAAGUUCUGUGUAUACUUUGAUCGAAUGGUUUUACGAUCGGUAUUAUUUCGUGUACGAUUAUGCAACAGACAUGUCUUAUUCUAUAAAAAAAAUUCAAAAACAUUGUUACAUCAUGAUCAUUCACUCUCCAAAAUAACUGCAGGAAGGUGGGUAGGUUACAAUCUGUGGUAUAGACGUGAGUGA